UUCGCCGUUAAACCAUCAGUGAAGCGCUAAUAUUGUGUAGAUUAUUCGCCGCUUCGGGCAAACAAUGCAAAAAGGUAUUUAUUUUGAGAGUGUUGUUUGUUGUUAAUCCUAUUGUAGCUGUGAGAGAAACCAUGCUACUUAUUGAAAGCAACUUCAUGCAAAUGUUCACAGUGAAAACUCGCCAAGAAAGGCUCUAAAGCAUACGCAUGUAAUUUUCUCAAAAUUUUAAUAAAACUUUGUAAAUGUUGACUAAGUUUGUAAAUAAUGGCGCACCCGACGAUUUCCAGCUUGGACUAUGAUCCCCAGUCAGUAAGCCCAGCACGUGUAGCGAUGAUGGGAUCUGCCAUGAGCCCCAGCCAGUCUACUGUGGAGGUCAUGCGACGUUACAUCGAAUCUCUUCCACAAGACAUGACCUAUCGGGAGGAGCUAACCAGUUCUCAGCUCUGGAAGUCCCUGAGGGGCGAGUUGUUGGGAACAUUAUUGUUGACUGUGGUGGGAUGUGGGGCUAGUUUGUCUGUCCAACCAGAUUCUGCUGCUGUGCAAGCUGUCACACUUAAAGUGUCUUUAGCUUUCGGACUGGUCAUCGCUUCUCUUGUGCAGUGGACGGGACCUGUCAGCGGUGCCCAUAUGAAUCCUUCAGUGUCGAUAGCUUUGCUCGUGACCCGUCAUAUCAGCGUGUUGCGGGCUGGUCUCUACAUGGUGGCUCAGUGUGUCGGUGCUCUCGCUGGAGCCGCCGUGUUGUAUGGGCUCACACCAUUGGAGCAGCGAGAUUCGGCAAGUCUUGGAGCGUGCGAGCCGUCGAAACACCUCCAUCCAAGUCAAGCUUUCGGGUUAGAGUUUUUGGGAACGCUACUGAUCAUUCUGACUAUACUAUCAAACGCUGAUCCAGCCAGGACAGACUCUGGUUGCAAGGCCUUGUCCGUGGGUUUUUCUUACACUGCUGCCCAUCUAUUGGCGGUGUAUUGGGUAGGACCAAUGCUUGGUGGCAUUAUUGGAGGGUUUACAUACGAAUACAACCAAGACACAUCUCGAACCACUCAGCAACUGAAGCGUUCCUUCCGCCGGAAGUCGGCUAGAGAGAUGAUGCACGAUCACAGCGCCCUCAGUAACAACGAAACAGAAUUCACGGCAAUAUCGAACGAUUGUCGAGCAUGA